AUGCGCUAUGGCCUGCUAUUGCCGCUGGCUCUGGCCCUCACAAUAGUCAUGGCCAGGCCUGCACAAGGACAAUGGGCGGACGACGAUGUGAUCACAGCGAAUGUUCAGCCGUGUGCCGCAAAGCGCUGCUUGCUGUGCAACACCACGGCAAACGCAUGCCUCAACUGCACAAACGGCUACGGCUUUGAUAGACAGAAGCUGUGCCGCAAGUGCUACGACAGCAUGUGCCAGUCGUGCAUCUGGCCCUCCACCUGCCUGAAAUGCUACGCGUACGGCGAGCUGGCAGGCAGGCCCUUCUACCCAGUCUAUAAAGACAAGGCCGGCAAGUGCCAGCUGUGCAUAAACCACCCCUUCCACAAGGGCUGCAAGGCGUGCCGCAGCGACGGGCUGUGCAAGGCCUGCGCCGAACGCUACAGCCUGCAGCGCGGCCGCUGCGUGGCCUGUACCGGCAAGCAGUGCCUCCAGUGCCCCGCAUCCCCCGGGGUGUGCACCACAUGCGCCAAGGGCUUCCGGCCCGUCGGCGGCGUCUGCGUGGCUGCCAAGGCAUGA